UCGUCCAGAAGAACAAGAAAGAUUCUUUUUCCCCAUAUUCAUCAAGACCGCUUGAGAAGCAGAAAUGGCGUCGCAAAACAGCAUGGAUCGCCCACUUUGUGGAAAAGGUUGUGGGUUCUUUGGCUCUGUGGAAACCAAGAUGUGCUCGAAGUGUUACGCAGAUCAUCUGAAACAAGAGAUGAUUGCCCAGGCACUCUUGGUUUUCGAACUAUUCAACAACUCGGUAACUGCUACUACUCCGGCGGUGACGGAAUCAGGUGUGGAUAAUAGUACUGGAUCAACUGCAAGUACAAGAACUAGGUGCCACUGCUGCAACAAGAAGUUGGGACUGCUGGGCUUUCACUGCAAAUGUGGUGCUGUGUUUUGUGGAGAGCAUCGCUACCCGGAAAAGCACUCCUGCAGUUUGGAUCUCAAGACUGCCGGAAGGGAGGUUUUGGCCUAGCAAAACCCACUGUGCAAGGCUGAUAAGAUGAAAUCGAGAAUUUAGUUUACUAGAAUUUAGAAGAUGAUCGAUGAACUGAAGAACUUGUUGAUCAGAUAGUCGCAUAUAUAGAAUCGAUCUCUAUAAAAUUUAUAACAAAUCUGUUGUACCUUUCUAAUUGAAUUCAUCAUUUACAUGACUGUACAUCAGUUUCUACUUUCUACAAAUCAAACGUUGUUAUUUA